AAUAUCAUGCAGUCUACUGAAGCUGCUCGGGAAUUUCAAAUCAAAGCAAGGAAAUCCAGGAAUAAUCUGAGGAGAUGCCUAGCAUCUGCAUUGGCAGCAGACCUGAACAGGUUGCUUCAGGAGGAGCAGGAGACCGACGUCACACUGUGUGUGGGAUCUGCCAGGUUCCAGGUCCACCGAGCUGUGCUGUUGGCCAGGGCAGCUCACCUCCUACAAGGAGCUGGAACAGCUACACCAGUCAUCCAACUACAGGGCAUAGACUCCUCAGCACUGAAGGAGUUAAUCAGGAGAGUCUACACAGAGGACAAGUGUUUGGGGAGGCCGAACGGGGCCGCUAACGGCUUGAGCGCCCACGCAGGGCUGGUGAACGGAACCACCACCACCGAAGGAUCGGACUUACCGAACCCUCAGACCGUCCCCGACCCGGAUGCAGUGGCUGUAGAACCGGCAUCAGGGCUUGGAGCUGACCUAUUGGCUCUGUAUGAAAAAGGGGACGGAACAGACAUCAACAUCCAAGUGGGUGACAAAACGUUUUCAGCCCACAGAGCCAUUCUGUGUGCCCGUUCUCAGUAUUUCCGAGCUAUGCUGUGUGGGAGUUGGAUGGAGAGCUACAGGCAGUGCAUUACUCUCCAGGGUCUCGGCCCAGAUGAGAUGGAAAUUCUCUUGCAGUUCAUGUACGGCGCUAUACUGGACUUGCCUCCAGGAGCAAAUGUCAGUCAAGUGGUCUUGGCCGCAGACAUGUUGGGCCUGGAGGGUUUGAAGGAUGUUGCUGAGAUGGUUCUGACCCGUGACUACUGUCGCUUCUUUCCUAAGCCCGUUGACGGGGUUCAGAAGUCGAUCCUCGAGUGCCUUGCCAUCUCUCAUUCUAUUGGUCUGCAAAAUCUCUACACCUUGUGUUUGAGAUGGGUGGCUGAACAUUUUAUGAAGAGCUGGUCAGAAAGGAGCUUUGCUCUCCUACCACCAGAACUACAGAAAGACUGUCUCAACACUGUCACCAAAACCAUGACAGUGCAGAAUGUGGUUUCUGUGCUCUGUGGGACUGAGCAGUUGAUUGGCAGUUUGCCAGAGGUGAAGUGGGCCAAACAGGUGAUGAGUUUGGCCACUGAGCUACAGGAGGAGUGUCUGCACACCAUUGUCACGCACCUGCCCCGGGUCACACACACCGCUGCCUUCCAUAACCUCCGCAGGAGGGAAGAGUUCACCCUUGACCCCACCCUGCUGAGGAAGGUGUGCGUGGCCAUCAGAGAGGGAGUUACGGUGGAGAACUGCUGUGAGCUCUUCACAGCGGUGGAUCAGCUGGUUGGAGAUGGAUCAGCCAUAGAAACAGACGACACAGUCGGUCAGGAGGAGAGGGUGGAGCCGUUCUGGAGCGAGGUGCGGUUACUGCGCGCACGGCUCUGGACCUUCUUGCUUCAGUCAUUCUUUGCAGUGCGGCACACGCGCGGAUGGGACUCCCUUCCAAACCAUCAUCGAGAGAGGAUUCUAGCAGCUGCUCUUGAUAAGGGUGACUGCAGAAGACUUGGAAAAAAACCCAUACUGAGCAGCUCCCAGCAAAAGAUUGUGAAAUGCUCGUCAGGUGCAUCCUCACUGCUGUCUGACAGCCCCCCGUCUCUCAAGCUCUCAAGGGUUUCCAGGACCAGCUGCCCCUCCUCCACAAACCCCACCACAGCUGGCACCAUGAAGUCUGACGGCCUGGGCGCACCCACCCACACAGCCACCUCGGGGAAAGCUAAACCAGCCAGCACAGACGCUUCUCGAGGAAAGAGUGACAAAACACGUCCUGCUAGUGCUUCUGCUAAGACCAAGAUGACAUCCACUGCCAAACCGGUGUUUAAUGGUACCAGUGGCCCAGGACCCCGACGGGAGACUUCCACAACAAGUGGGCCAAGCCGGGGAUCCCCGACUGGAAAAGGUGCCCAGGAUAAGAGGCCCAACCCUGGAGCUAGACCCAAAUCUACCACUGGAGGUUCAGCUCCGGCUGUUGGGCAGGGUAAAGCGGUUAAGACACAGAAAAGCGUGUCUGGAAAAGAUUCACCUCAGAACUCUGGGAAUGCCACACCCACUCCCUCUCAGACCACACCCCCCACAUCAGGAAGUGCUUCUCCAGAGAAUGGCUCAGACAGUCUCCGUGACAGCAGCCACACCCCUACAGGUCUCAAGCCAAAAACACAAGCCAAGGGGAUGACUAAAUCCCCACUGACCAAGACCACGCAGAAAGCAGAGACGGACAAAUCUAGCAGCCCUACAAACAAGGCAGGAAUCAGAGAGGUUAAUAAAGCUAAAGGAAAUGUCACAACCAAAACCAGUUCUGGAGGUACAUCGUCUAGAGCGGAUGUAAAAGGCCGGGGUAGCCCCUCAGGCCCACCUGACAACCAUGUUCCAUCCAGACCUGGUUCAUCACUGACAACGAGAAAGCCUGCCUCACCCAGGAAAGAAGAAGAUAAGGAUGGCUCCAAAGUCUCACCUGCUGCUGAGACAUCCAAGAAGAGGACUGCAAAGGCUCCCACUGAGGCUAAACUCAACACCAAACCAGCAAAAGCCACCUCAACCCUCUCCAAACAGACCCCUCAUUUGACAACAUCCAAAUCUGGACCAAAGCAGAAAUCUUCGGCUACGGACACACCCGCAGGGAAAUCUUCACCGAAAUCAGCAGGUUCAUCAAAGAACUCAUCUCCUGCUGCUUCUAAAAAGCCAGCAACUGCAGCAAAGGAUGUUAAUGUCCCAUCCUCUGAUAAGGGCUCAGAGCUUAAAGCAGCCGAAAAAUGUCAGAACAAUGUUGGGAUCGUUGCUGAAGGAAAGGACCAGGAAGUGAAGUCUUCCAGUGUAGAAAGUACAAUAAGCCCCUCAGCUCUUGGAGAGUCAGAACAGAGUUCACAUAUCAGCACAGUUUCAGUGGAACACCCAAGCCCAGCGGAGGCUUCAGUAUCCCAGACCACUACAGACACCCCAAAAGACCUUUCAAGUCCAAGGAAAUCCACUGACACAGCAAGUACGCUUCAGAACAUUGACAGUGGUCCUGAGAUUGCAAAACCAACAGCACAAAACCAUAGUCUCCCUUUGAAUUCUGGAGCUGCAUGUAUUUCCAAGCAGUCAGAACCAAGUACAGGGAAAGUUCCUCCGGGUUGCUUGGUUUCUGUACCAGUCAUGGGUUUAGAUGCAGACUUGCACCUCGACACAGCCGGCAGCCUCGGAAGCAUAGACACACCCCUGGAGGACUCAUGGAGUGGGCUCCAACCUCAGGUCAGCCCGGAGUCAGAGACGGGCAGUGCUACGACAUCUUCGGAUGACAUCAAGCCACGGUCAGAGGACUAUGACGCAGGUGGCUCACAGGAUGAUGACUGUUCCAAUGACAGGGGCGUGUCGAAAUGUGGUACCAUGCGUUGCCAUGAUUUUUUGGGCCGUAGCAGUAGUGACACCAGCACACCUGAAGAGCUGAAGAUGUAUGAGGGUGGGGCUGGGCUGCGUGUCGAAGUGCGACUUCGAGGACGGGAGGUGGAAACUACAAGUGAGGAGGAGGUGGGAAGUCGGAGCAGGCCACGCUCUUGGCUGAAGCGGGAUGAGGAGCCUGUUGAGGAGGAACCUUCAGAAGUGGAGGCCACAGUGACAAUGAAGAACAUUCCAGACCACCAGCUGUUCUCCUCUGAGGAGGAGGAGGAGGAGGAGGAGACAGAAGACGAGAGGUCGGAGGUGGAAGUCCUUCGUGAUGGAAUUGCUCCUCUACCUGCAGAACCUUCACCCCAGUUCCAAGGAAUAGUCAACCUGGCAUUUGAAGAUGCAGCUGAUCAAGAGAAUGAGCCACCGGAUUAUCAGUCUGUUUCAAACUUCCGCCGUUCCAUCCUGCUUUCUGUGGAUGAGUGUGAGGAGUUGGGCUCAGAGGAGGGAGGCACCCUGACACCUCCAAACCAGUCCAACGAGGUCUUUGAGAGUGAACCCCAGGGCCCUCAAACCAACUGCCAUUCUUACGAUCCAAAAAGCAUGUCUCAGGACGACUCUGAGUCAAAACCAAUUGUUUUUCUAACAGAGAUCCAGGAACCCCUUUCACGAGAGCAUGGACACAACCAAGAGAAUGCUCUGGUUUUAGAUGGUAGUGAACCCUCUCUCCAGGAGCGACCCUGCCACCUGGACCUCCGACCUGCAGACCAGUACAAGCCCUCAGACAGCAAACGUGCAGAAUUACACCUGGAUUUACAGGAGCCCCAGCUGGCUGUGAGCUCUCCAGCAAAUGCAACACAGUCCCCCACAGGGGACUUUGAGGGUUCAGACAGAUUGGAUCAAAGCUGCACACAUGGUCGCCGCCCAUCCAAAGCCCUUUCUCCCAUUUACGAGAUGGACAUUGGAGAGGCCUUUGAGCAAAGGAUGGAUGUAGACAGGCAACGAGAAGAGUGCCAAAGAGAUGAACAAGGGUCAGAGAAAAAGGAUGAAGAGAAGAAGGUGGAAGAGGAGAAGGAUGAAAGCAGUAGGUUUGUGGAGCGGGACUGGAGCUUGCUCAGACAGCUCCUGUCAGACCAAGAGUCUAGUCUGGGCAUCAUUAACUCUGUUCCUGAGGACUUAAACUUAGCGCAGUACCUGAUAAAGCAAACACUAUCGCUGUCACGUGACUGCCUAAGUGAAGAGGCCUUUCUUAGCCAAGAGAAAGAGACUUUCAAACGAUGGGCGGAGCUCAUCUCCCCUUUGGAGGACUCCACCACCAGCAUCACGGUGACCAGCUUCUCCCCUGAGGAUGCUGCAUCUCCGCAGGGUGAAUGGACUAUCGUGGAACUGGAAACACACCACUGACAGAGGACUAGGGCCCCACCUGACAGCUGGGCCGUAUUCUUGUGGAAUGAUUGGUUAAAAG